CUUGGCUCCGCUGGCAGCCGCUGGAGGAGGCGGCCGAGACGCCCUCAAACCUGCCAGGUGAUCUGGGGCAGUUCCUGCCAAGGCAGAGGAAAAGUUGGCGGUCCAGAAGCUGCUUUGCAACAGCCCAUGGUUUGGAGGCUUUGACUGGGCAAGAAUGCUGCAGAUGCCUUCAAGCACGUUGGGCAGAAGAGGACUCUGUGCGUAGAACUGGGCCAGUCCCACAUGGCUUCUUCCUGGUGGCCUCCAGCUGUCCCUGAGAGGGGAAUUUGAGGCCUUCGCCAUCUUGACCCGGGGACUUCAGCCUAUGCCUUUCCAUGAGCCAUGGAGGUGGUUGAUGUCCCCGUGGGAAACCUCAUUGACUUUGACUCCGAACCGUCUACCACUGACACCUCCGAAUCGGUCCCCACCGCCCCCUCAAAUGCCAAUGGCCAUGGCUUACUGGGUCCCCAUGAUGCGGGCUCCGCUGCCGAGGAGAGCGAUGCCACGGAGUCCGCCGACAGCGAGAACGACACAACAGACUCGCCCACCCAUCACAGCUGGAACAACCUUCGCCGCUCUUCCUCGGAGUCCUACUCGUCCGGCCAGAGCACCGAGUCAGCUCGGGGUGAAGCCACAGCCAAACACCGGGAGUUCAUGAGUCAAUACGUGGAGAAGAUCUUCACCGGCGGGGAGGAGUUUGACCAAGAGGAAAAAGCCAAAUUUGGGGAGCUGUGCUGUGGCGAGAACACAAAAGGCAGAGAGUGGUUCGCCAGAUACGUCAACGCCCAGCGCUGCAAUUCCAAGUGUGUCUCGGAGCAGACCUUCUAUCGCCUGGUGCAGUCCUUUGCUGUUGUUCUCUUUGAAUGCUACCAGAUGGAUGACUUCGGUCCUGCUAAAAACCUGAUGACAAUGUGCUUUACGUAUUACUACAUCGGCAAGCCGCAAACACUCCCCCCCGAGUCCAAGGAGAAGGCCACGGGCAGCAUCGAUUCCUACCUGAAGUCUGCCAACAGCUGGCUGGCCGAGAAGAAAGACAUUGCGGAAAGGCUCCUGAAAAACACGUCUGCCAAGACGGAGAACGUGAAAGGGUUUUUUGGGAGCUUUGAAAGCAAGCUGAGGGGGCCCAGCGGGGCCAAAAAGAACGAGGAUGGCGAAGAAAAGCCGAGGGAGAGAAUGCAGAAGUCAGUUUCCCUGUACAGCCCGGAGGAGGAGGAGGAGGACAAAAACGGGGAGAAGAUUUACCUGUACAUGCACCUCAAGCAGCAGCCCAUCUGGCACACCCUGAGGUUCUGGAAUGCGGCCUUCUUCGACGCCGUCCACUGCGAGAGGCGCAAACGGUCUCCCACCACCAGGGAGAAGUGGUGCCACAUGACUCAAGAAGAGCGGAAGGACAGUCUCCGCUUUAAUGAGAAUAUCACCUUCGGACAGUUGGGGACUUUCACUCAUAACAUGCUGGCGUUUGGGCUGAACAAGAAACUUUGCAAUGACUUCUUGAAGAAGCAGGCCGUGAUUGGCAACCUGGACGGAGAGCAAUACAAGCUCCUUAGUGACCACAUUGAACAAAUGGCUGCUGAAUAGCCCCACAACCUGCUUGGCUGUGACCAGGAUCGAGAGGGGAGGCGAAAGGCUGCGAAAGGCCCCUCCGGGACUGUCCGAGACUUCGGAUGGGCUUUUAAACGAACAGACACCCCACAGACUCUGCGAUAAUCCUGCAUGAUUGCUAUUAAACUGUGUAGUGCUGUGCCGGGCGGCCUGUAGAUGUAGAACUCCUCAAUCAAAAGACACCCAACCUCUUCUGCAGCCUCAAGGACACCCAGCCUCUUCCGCAAACUCCUUACCUGAGGCCUUUUUGCAGGAAAGCCCCGGCUUUGGAGCGUUCUGGGGAGAUUACUCCAUGCAAGGCAGGGAGAGUAAUCGGGGAGGGGAGGGGACACAGCUGAGCCUUUUAAGGAGGGCUGAAAAACACCUCCAUGCGUUACUGCAGAAUAUUUUUAGCAGCCCACAGCCGUGAAAUGUAAAAUAAGAUGUGAGCAUGAGUUGCGGUGGAAUGGAGAGGCAGAUAGGAUCUUUUAAUUUUUCUACAAAGCUGGUAACCCUAGAGAAAGGCAAGGCAUUUGUAGACCCAGGAGCCUUGGUACAAAUUAUCCUGUUGUGGGGAGAAAAAUAUUUAGAAGGUAGGCAGGGAAAGAGGAGCAGCUGAGCGUUGUAGGCUGGGAUCCUGGGGUGUUGUGCGAGCCAACCAGGCCCAGAUUCUUGCUUCCCUGGAGCGAUUCUGGUCCUCCUGUAUGGCUUCCAUGCAACAUGUUCUGAUAAACCCAGAAAUAUUUUGGAGAUCUCUGGAGGAGUGGCAGCUUUUUCUCGGAGUGUACAAGAACAGAUCCAACAGCUUGUACAUCCCGACUGUGGUUCGUCAACUUUGUGGAGCCUUUGCCUGGUUGGCCCAUGUGAAGCUGGUGGGGAUUUUCUGUGGGGCGCUGCCAUGUUUCCACCAUUCAUGAACUUGAAGGCUUGCAUGGCAGCAACAAGCCGUCUUGGGGGUAACCAAAAUGUUCUUCUGCAUCCCACUUGGAGAAGUUUCCUCCAUGCUGUCCCUUGCACCUCUGAUGGUCAUCCAACUGCUGAUCUAGUGGCUGGGGAGGGGGUGUGUUUUUAAAGACAGGUUGAUGUUGGUGGGGGGAUUGUCUCUUGGCAGGCAGCACCUGGCUCCAACACUGCCUGGCCCAAGUUGCUGUGCCACAGGGUUCCAGAAGCUGCACCGUGGAUGUUUUUCUCCAUUUGCCUUGUGUGGCUGGAUGGAUCCUGGUUUCUCAUUCUCUGGGGAAAGACCCAGCUGCUAGUGAGCUGUUGGUUGAUUAACAGAGGCUAUAGGAAAAUUCAGGGCUUGCUCUCUCUCUCAAUCUGUGCUAUUCAGGAAUAACAGCAAGCCUUGCAUCUUAAAUUUUGCAGGCCCUGCAUAUUUUGAGCCCCUGCAGUUCCCUUUGUCGCCAGGAGAGGGGGCCAAGAGAAUAGUUUUUGGCAAGCUGCUUCUGAUUUUCAGGGAAGAAUUCUUGGUUAGAAGUUGGUUGCCCAACUGAACCUGUCCAAGAGCUGAAGUUGGAAGUGAUUGUGACUUUUAUUGGUAGAGUUUUUGGACACGCCACUUGUGAAAUCCUCUUACAUUUCCACUUGUUAACCAGAUCCUUUUCUGGUGGUUUCCAAAGCAAGCAGCUUGCUGUGUUUAGCAGCACUUUCUCUGCCAGUAGCAGCUUCUGUUUCAAGUUUUGCUUCGUCCCAGUUGAAAAUCGAGCAUUUUGACGCGACCGACCUGUAGGCAUCUGGAGGAGGCUCAGCCUGGAAGCUUUCUGCAGCAUUGGCUUUGGCUGUUCUUAAUCCAGUGGAGGAGGCCCAAACCACCACAUCUGGAGAGGCCUCUGCUGAUGCUUGUAGUUCUGCUUUUCUUCCACUUUGCUCGCAGCGAAGAUGUAAAGCUCUCCCUGCAGGCUUGCAUCAGCUUCACCCAGUGCAAAAAAAGCACCAGGGGAUGGACCAACAUCUGGGGAUUGGCAAAGGUGUUGCACAGUGGGCAGAGUGUCACCAAACUCCAAUUCCUGCUUGCAGACAGUUGAAAACAAGGGGUAGGAUUUAAAGAUGGCUUUGCAUGGAUUUCUCCCGGGUUCCUGCAGGCCACAGCAAUACAGCAUGUGGAAUCCAUUCCAUGAAGGCUGCAGGGGUUACGUCCCUUUUAUGCAUAUCGUCCGGUCUCCUUUUGUACCUUAAUCUUUCCAGGACUCUUGUAAAUUGUGCUCAUGUGAUUUUUUUCUUCUCUGCUCCACUGUUAAAUCUUGAAGAUAUUUUUUGUAGGGGGGGGCGGGCUGGAGAGCAGCAUUGAGCUAAACGUGAACGAGGAGGCUAGUCUGUGUUUCAUGGAAUGCAAAGACUUGAAUCCAGAUGUUUUCUUGCAUUUCUGAGGCUUGCUGCAAGGGGCAAGGAGGUUAUUGCAAUGAAAAGAUUAAAGUAACUUUCCUUCUUGGAAUGGAACGAUAGAUAUGUCUGCAACCAAACCUUUUUUGGGGGGGGGAGUUGCUAAAUAUGUAAUUUCAGGACCUUCCUUCUCGUCUCCCCUUUUAAAAUGUGAAAGCCCAGAAUUGCAUAUCGUAUGGUUGUAAAUCUGAAGUGUUCCAGCGAGCCGUUUCCUUCUUGUGAAUUUCACUGGAGUUUUAAAAAUGCUGUAUUUUGUUGUUUAAUAUAUAUCUCUAUCUCUAUCUCGAGGGAGAGAUUCAUCCAUGUUUCGUUCUGAAUAUUUCAUGCCACCAUGUUCUGAUGUAUUGGGCGCAGCUGUGCGCGCCCUGUGGCAAGAGUGCGACUUCAUGUCCUUUGUGGAAUAUUGUUGUUUUUAACUUAUGUACUGAAAACAUUUCAAGUCCUGGUUAUGACAGGAUCGGGGAAAAUAAAAUAAAGCUUAAAUAAA